AUGGCCAACCCCACCGUUCUCGCGUUCGAGACUGAGGGCCGCCCGAUCCAGUUUGAUGCCUGGCUCGACGAUCUGCACCUGUUCCUACAUAUUACAGCCAAGGACGAUAUCUCACUGUUCGAUCAUACGUCUGGAGCCUCCCUCGCACCUGCUGAGACCGCUGACAACUCGAUUCGCUCACAGUGGCAGACCCGUGACGCUCACGCUCGCCUAGCCGUUCGCAACCACCUGCUGAUAGACCAGCGCGCGCACUUUGGCCAGCAUAAGACCGCUAAGGCGCUGUACGACGCGGUAGUUGCACGCUACUCCUCCCCUGCCACUGCUGCGAUCGGUCGCCUCUCGCUGCCCUAUCUUUUCCCCGAUCUAGCCACUUUUACCACAGUCGCUGACCUCAUCACUCACCUCCGUACUAGUGACACUCGCUACCGCGCUGCCCUUCCUGCCGAGUUCCUAGCCAAGAACCCCCCUCCAAUGUACCUCACCCUUUAUCACCUCGUCGCUCGUCUCCCUGACUUUCUUCGUCCAGUCAGGGACCACUUCCUCGCUCUCUCCCCCACCGAGCUCACCGUUGACCUGCUUGAGACACAACUGCUUGCAGCUAAGGCUAGCAUUAACGCAGUAGGUGCCUCUCGUGGCGAACCCCGCACCCCGUUCUUUGUGGGGCCGGGGCGGCGUCUGCUCCUAGUGGGACGUGCCGCAGCGGCAGGGGCAAGGGGGGCAAGGGUGGCGGAGGUGGCGGCGGGGGAGGUGGUGCUGGAGGUGGCGGAGGCGGUGGGGGUGGUGGCGGCGGUGGGGGUGGUGGCGGGAGUGGGGGGGGGCAGUGGCAGCGGCGGGAGUGGUGGUGGCAGCGGUGGGGGAGGAGGCUGGGGUGGAGGCGGUGGUGGUGGCGGCAGUGGGCGUGGUGGCGGCGGCGGUGGCGGUGGUCGCGGUAGAGCGGCGCAGCGUGGAGGUUCUGGUAGUGACCAGCGCCAGCAGCAGCAGCGUCCCCGCGAGACCCCAUCGUCCCAGCAGCUUCGUGAGUGGUACUCUCAGCGUGGGGGGUCUGGGGGUGGGGGUAGCUGCCCGUAUGUCAUCCGCACUGGUGACCGCGCUGGCCAGACGUGUGGGAGGUUCCACACGCAGCACCGCUGCUUCUCUCGCCUCGACGACGCCUGGCGCGCACGGUUUCCUGACGCCGCUGAGCUCCCUCGCUGGGCUGAUCUGCUUAAGAGCAACAUUGAUAUCUUUGCUCUUGACUUUGAUGGUAUCCUUGGUGCCAUGUAUGCAUUGACUGUUAGUGUUGAGGACGACUGUUACCUGUGUGUUCCGCCCGACCUGGGCAUUGAGCCCAGUGAGGCUGCUGCUCUAGGUCCUAUUGAGUCGGCUGCCCCAGGUGCUAGUGAGGCUGCUGCUCUAGGUGCUAGUGAGUCUGCUGCUCCAGGUGCUAGUGAGUCUGCGCUGUCUGGAUGA